AUGAUGUAUUCAUUACUGUUUUUCUCUACAAACCUGCUUCUUCUAAUCAUUUCUGCAUCCGAAGUAGACGACUUGAAAUCGAAUCAGAUUAAAACAUUAAUAACUGACAUGAAGCUUGUCAAAGAAAAGAAAUCUGAAAUUGAACAAAAAAUCAGAACACACCAAGCGAAUAUGCAACAGAAGAAAGAUGAGCUCAAUAAAGAACAGCCCGAAGGAAACACAAAUAUUGACAAAUAUGUGGCAUGCACAGAGAAACGUGCAAACGCAUAUUGGACCAUGGACACUUCAAUUGCGUUCACAAGGUUUCCUGAAGUUUGGAGGAACGUAACUACAGAAUACAAAACUGAUGUUCCCUACGAAACUAUGCAAAGCUGUUUUGAUGAACAGGAUAAAGAAGUCUCAAAUGAUUCUGAGAUGUACACAUAUGAUCGAUGUAUGCUAGAUGCACAUGCAUACCCGAAAGAGAAAAUAUUGGAUCUAGAACGAAUCAUUUUUGACAAACAUGAAGAAAUCCAACACUAUAAUGAUUAUUUGU